AUGCCAAUAAUAGAGUCAACUAUGCUGUCUGAUAUUUCUACUAAUGACUUACUUCAACGUAUGUGGGCAAUCUUAUUAUCUAAAGAAUCAGAGUUGAAAAACAUCGAAAUGCAUAAAUCUAAAUUGUGGUUAGUUAAAAAAGAAGAAUAUAAUACAUUAUGUGAAGCAUAUAAUACCAUUGAAUAUUUUAAAUCAAAUCAACAUCAGGUUGAUGAAUCUUUAUCGAAUGUAUUCAUUAAACCGAAAUCUGUAAUUGUCGAAGUUGAUGUAACCUCAACUCCGACAGAAACUUGUACACAACCUCAUGUUUUCGAAACUCCUUCUACAUCGUCAUUUGAUAAUGAAGCAAAAGGUUUCACAGACACAUAUCCUAGUAAAUAUGAGAUAAAUGAUAAACAGAAUAGUACAGAAUUUUAUUCAUUCAAUGAAGAUCAUUGGGAAGAAGUUGUAACUGUUAGAUCCAUAAGAAAAGAAAAGUCUUAUUCAACGAAAUAUUCAACAAAGUCGCUAAAUUCAACUGAUAUAUCUACAUCUACAAGUGAUCUUCUAACAUUUUCUGUUAGUGAACAUGAAAUUCAGAAAACACAAGCGCAACAACAUAGACAAAUAGAUGAUUAUACGCAAUCAACAAGUGAUCCAGUCGAGACGAUUAUGGUGGAUAAGAAAGAAUUACGUGAGUUACAAGGGAAGUUUAAAUAUUUAAAAGACUCACAUAUACAACUAAUUAGUCAAUUUCAAUGUUUUAAUCAGUUAAUAUAUGAUAGAUUACAGUAUGUUCAAUCGAUGUUUGAAAAGUAUAAAUACCAAACAUCCUUUUAUAUCUCGAAGAAAUAUGAACAAGUAGAUGAUACUACUACGAACAUAUAUACGCAACAUGAUUUGCCUAUACUAUCAAGUAAUGCCUCAUAUGUACACUGUCCAAUAGAGUGUAGUAGUCAGCAUCACGUGGUGAAUAAUCAUAGUUCUUGGCCAACGGUUGAUUAUACUCCAUGUGAAUACCAAAUCUACACUGAAGAAAUAUCUGAUAACAAGUUUUCAACAAAUAAUUAUAUAUCUGAAUUAUCUGAUCUCAAAGAGAAUUAUGAGAAUUUACAAACUAAGCUAUGGAAAUCUGAAAGAGAAGUUGAAAGUUUAAAGACUGACCUACAGGCUAUAGAAAGUCAUAUUAAAUUCGCUAUAACACAACACCAGUUCACUGAACUGCAGUAUAUGCUAAACUCUGGUGCAUUUCCAAAUAUACAGUCAUUAAAUAAAGCAUUUUUAGAUCAUGUAUGGGAGGUUUUAACUAGCUACGAACAAAGCAUAGGAAUAAAUACUAAGAAUGAAACUACUGGAAUAAGUAAAAAUAUAAAUGAAUCUCUGGAUCAAUACAUUACUGAAUGUGAGAGAAGUGACGAAUCGUUUCCUAUCAAAACCACAGAAACCAUAUCCUUAUGUACAAAUGAAUACCGUCAGAAUCAGCAUCUUUAUUCAGUAUAUGAAUCACUAAUACAGCUAACCGAAAUGCAUCAACUUUUGCAACAACAGAGAGCCAAUACACAGAGUAGCUUUGCAGGAGGAGUUGAUCAAGACCAUUAUCCAUUCAGUCAAGAGAUUGAUAGGCUGUUAGACGAUAAAUCAGGAUCCGUAGACAAUGACUUAAACGAAAAGUUACAGUCUGUCUUAACUGUUACAUACAAGGAGUUAUCAAUGUGUCAGCAGAUUGUAGAUAAACUUUUAAAAGAGAAAUCUAAUCAUUGUAAAAUCAUUGCCCAACAAGCAUCACAAAUUGAUAACUUGAAUAAAAGGCUAAAAGAAUUUGAACAUCUCUCACAAACCUAUAUCACCUACGAGACGAAUAUUCCACAUACUGUCACCGAUAUAAACCAACACAUACAGCACAGCAUUAAUCAUCAGGAAACUGGAACGCCAGAGAAUCAGACAGCGAAAUCUGAAGGUGAGAAUGAUAUUCCUAUGUACAAAACAAUAAUGCCUCAGGGAUCUAUUCAAGCAUGCGACGAACAAACUAAAAAGUAUCAUGAAAAAGAAGCGUUUAACGAAAUAAAAGACCUCGACGUGAACAUAAAACAAACAAAGCAACAUUCAGUGGAAAAUAAAACCUUACCAAUAGAAAUGAAUCAAGAAUAUCUGAAUGUCUCAAAUACAGUCCACGAUACACAAUUUGAAACUGCAAACCCAACCUGCAACACACCGAUGUAUCACGCUAACUGCCAGUAUCAAGCUUUGUGCAAUAAACAAGCUUCCGAGAUAGUGUCGAUGCAGACAGCUCUGUGUGAAGCAGUUGAACAGGCGUCAUCAGCACGUGAUGAACUGGAGGUCUAUAGACAGGAGAAAACGGGUGUAUUGUCAGAGCUGGAGAGUCGACUGGCUGUUUCGAGGGAGGAGUGCACUGCGUUAGAGGGUGAAGUGCUGCGACUUGAGAUGUCGAUUGAGGAGAACUGUAGGACAGCAGUGUCGAUAGCCAGUCGAGACUGGGAGUUGCAAAUGGAUCAAGUGGUGAGUGAACGUGACACAGCUCUUAAAGAAUUGUUGGAACUACGUGCUAGACUGGCUGCAGCAGACAGUCUGGAUGUCAGGCCUAUUGUAGCAGUGUGCACGAGUGAUGUGGGAACCCAGAGACUGGACUCUGUUAUUGAAGGUGAUGUGGCCUUGUCGUCCGGAUUGACUGGUCAUCCGAGAGAGACUGUGAGCGUCGGAGUUGGUCAGGAUGUUGAGGCUGACGAAGUGAAUUUCAUGGUGGUUGAUGGUUGGAGCGGUUACAACUUGGAGUGCACGCGUGACGAGUCCGAGGCCAGUGGAUUGUUGAGUCUGUCUACUGGAUUUGUGGAUGCGGAGGUGCAGGUGAUGGGAAGUUUUUCAUCUGUUGUUGGAAGUUCGCCGAAUUGUUCUGUUCCAAAAUCUAUUAUCAAUUCUGAAGAUGAUCUUCUUCCUUCGUACUGUUCUUCGACGACUGAUAUUACUAUUUCGUCUUUAAAUUUUGAUUUCGCUGGACCGUGUGAUACAUUAGUUCCACGUGUUUCUAAGCAUGCUGUAUCUUAUUUACCUUCUGAUAUUACUCCUGGUGACGAUUCAACAUAUGUUGAUUCUGAAUCCACUAAUAAAUGGGAUGCGCUGGAAACCAACGUCGUACCACCUGUUAGACACUUCUCUUACGCGCCUGUCGAUGACAUUUCCUGUCGAGACCUGUUUUCGUCAUCGUCCAUGGCAUCGGACUUUCCAAGCCCGUCUUUUCUCCCUGGAGCCUCUAAGGAUAAAAAGUCUAUUUGUUUGAAUUUGAAUGCCGAGUUUCCUUCUUUUGCUACAAAAGCAUCAACUGAAGACGGUCCUGUAGAUAAACAGAGGGUUUCCGAAGAAUAUCCUGCCGAUAAGAAAUGUUAUGUCCCAGAGUUCAAUCUUUUGUCUAACUUGUCUCCUGAUUAUUCAAGCACAAAACUGAGCGACGUGUCUCAUCUCGAAGUUGAAAACUCUUCUGGAAAACUGAUUUGUGAAAAUCGAAAUGUUUUAGGUAUCGAGCAUGAUAGCGUGUGUAAUCCACUGCAAAUAAUACCACCUAAACCGGGCACAGAAUCUACAUCGGAAAGUAUUCCAAGUGUAAGGUACAACGAUAUAGAGAAACAUUUGAGCCUUUUAUCCGACAUUAUGCCUGCCUCAUCAGACAAACAAUAUUCGGCACUCAAAUUUUCAUUGGAUGCGGCAAACAAUAAGUUUGACUAUACUCCACAAGAUAAGAAGCAGUUGAGUGAUUUGAUUGAUUCUGUUGUACAGCCUCCUUGUUAUUUAUGUGGUUGUUCAGAUUUUGGUAAUAGUUUGGUUUUGUCUUGUUUGUGUAAUCAGUGUAAUUCACUUAUACAGUCUCCAAUUUUCCGCACUUCUUCUCUAAAACCUUCUGUCUGCAUUGAAAGCCAGUGUAGCGUUGGAGAUGAUUGUAACAAUGAAUCUAUUGGUUUAUUUGAUGUUGGUAUUGAACAUAAAUUAUCUUCGUCUAUGUCCAGUCUUAAUAAUGUUGAAUGUAUUACAGCUUCAUGUAUGAUGAAUAUGAAAAAUACUUUAGAAAAUGUUAUUGAAUCUAAUGAAAAACUUUGUAACUUGAAACACUCAUUAUCAUUGCAUAAUUUUGAAAAUUCUAUUGUACUAAUGAAAAUUAUACAUCAACUUGAGCAUAAACUUAUUAUUUGUGAAUCAGAAAGAAAUCGAUUGAAUCAUUUAUUAUCGUCUAUUAGAGAAAUGAGUAUACCCAGUGAACAGAUGGAAAUGAAAUAUAAACAAUUACAAUCUGAUUAUUCAACUUUAUACAAUAUUAAUAUAAAUAUAAAAUUAUUUAUAAAUGAUUUAUUUAAAGAGAUUAUUAACUAUUUAAAACAAUCAACACCUUCAUCAAUAACCUUUAUAUCAUUUAUUGAAUAUAUUCAUAAGUAUAUUAAUGAUAAUAAUAAAUUAUUGUGUAUUAUUGAUAAAGAAAAUAUGCCUAAUGAAUUAUCAUAUUUAUAUGAAUUUCUUCAAUUACCUAAUUUAAUGGAAAUAAAUUAUAAUUAUAAAAGUGAAAAUUUAUUAUUAACAGAAAAAUGUUUAAAAUUAGAUAAAACUAUUGAAGAAUAUGAAUCUUUAUGCUUUGAAAAUAUUUUUCUAAUGAAUCAAUUGAAUACACUAAAAAUGAAAGAAAAAACUCAAAGAAAUAUUAUAUAUUGUAUAAAUAAAGAAUUAAUAAAAAUUAAUAGUUUAUUUAAUCAAUCAUCACUGCCUAAUGGGAAUACUUAUUCUAUAGAUGAAAAUUAUACAAUUAUAGAUCAUAUGGAUGUUAAUGUUAAUUUUAACCAAUUCACUCAAUAUUAUUAUCAAUUAAUAAAAGAGAAAAAUGAGGCAAUUCAAGAGAAUAUCAAUUUAAAACAUCAAUCUACUAAAUUAUAUACAAUUUUAAUGGAAAGUUUAAAGGUUUCUCGUGAAUUACACUAUCUAAUUAACAAAGUUAUACAUAAUGAAUUAGAAGAUGAUUAUUCUACUAAACUAAUAGAAUAUAAUGAUGAGUAUAAACUGAAAUCUAUAUUAUUGAAUACUAAUGAAUAUAUUGAAUUACACUGUAAACAAAUUGAAAAGAUUCUAAUCGAUUAUAAGUUAUACACACCGUCUACACUAUCAUCAUCUCUACAACUUGAUUCAGUAUUAUUGCAUAAAUUAAUACCGGCUAAUACUACUACUACUACUACUACUACUACUACUUCUAGUUAUUAUCAUACUAAACCGAUCUUACUUCAACAAUCUAUUCAACAACAGUUUUCUACCUUAGAGUAUUCAAUAUGUCAAACUAUUAACUGUUUAUUUAAUCGAAUAGAUAAUUUGACUGAAAGAAUAAAAUUAUUACAUAAUAAAAUAAUAAAUAAAUCAGACAAUUUCAACCAGCAGUUAACAGAAAAUUUUAUUGAUACAAAAGAACAAUUUAAUCAAAUAAUAAAUGAAGAAUUAGCCUAUUUACAAGCAAAAAAUAAUGAUUGGCAAAUGAAUGUCAAUUUAUUGUUCAACUAUUUAUCAGAUUUAACAAUGGAAACUGUUCAUGAUAAAAUUACUGAUAUAGAGAAGAUGAAAUUCCAAUCGAAGAGUAUUUCUUCAUCAAAAAUACUUCAACCAAAUGAAAUAUUACCAAAUUUAACUAUAUUUAUGAAUGAUUUUCAGAAACAAAUGAAUAAAAUAGCUAUUGUAGAAAAUCAAUGUAAUCUACUUAAUAUAGAAUUGAAUCAACGAACUGAAGAACGUGAUCAACUUCAUGCUGAACUAACCAGAUUACAGAUAUCAGUUAACUAUCAGACUAGUCAAACGGAUCGAUACACUAAUAUGUUAGAUUAUUUAAUUGCAAAACUUAUUGAUAUGUCAAGUGAAUUACCUUCAUUGAAUACUAUUGAUGAUAAUGAAGAUGAUCAUUAUAGCAAAAAUACUGGAGUCGAUUAUAACACUGAUCAAUGCUUUGAUGAAAGUCUACCUGAAUCAUCUUCUAGUACAGAUAUUGAACUUAUUUUGAAAAGAAUUAAAAAAUGCCUUUGUCAUUUCACUUCUAUCAAACAAAAACUUAAACAAGUAGAACAUGAAAAAACUUUACUUCUUAGUCAGUUAAAUCAACAAUCUUCAGAAAUAAAAAUGCCUGAGAACAAAGAUCAUAUUGACGAAAAGUUUGAAGAUACCUACAAACUUUGUAAAAUUAAAAUUGAUGAAAAAUACCAAUUGCAAAAUGCUCCAAAAUCCUUAGAUUCAUCUCAAAAGGAUACUAAAUCAGUAUUGAAUAAUCUUUCAAUCGUCAAACAAGAUAUCAUGAGUAUACGUUCAAAAUUAUUAGAAAUGAAAGAAUUUGUCAAUGAAAAUCUUAAAAAUACUUCAGAAUACUCUUCAUUUCAAUGUGAUAACUCUUACUCAUCAUCACAACUGGUAAUAUCGAAUAAAUUCAAAAUUUUGCUAAAAUUCAUAAAUAGUUUGUAUAAAGUGUUAUUGGAAACACCUUCAGUAUUCUCUGUACAAAAAAUACAUCCUAUAGAAGAAUACUCCGAAGAUGAGCUUAUUGUACUUGUGAAUAGUCUCUUAGAUAGUGUGAAACAUGUUUUGUCAGAGAAACAGCAUAUUGAUAGUAAUGUUCAAAUAAUUGAUUCAAGGAUAAUUGAUAAAUGCGUCUUACUUAUCAAUAAACUAACCAAUACACUUGAAUUACCUCCUAUACAGUCACCUUUUCAACUUGAACUAUUCAGUAGUCAAGUGGAAGAAAUUUUAAUUAAACUUCCUAAUUUAUCAUUUAAUAAAUUGAAAGAGCUGUGUACAUAUUUUGAUCAACUGCUGAAUUAUCUUAUUGAGAUGACUACAUCAGAAAAACUCUUGAACACCAGUGUAAAUUUAAACAUUGAAGAAGGAUAUGAAUAUUCUAUAAUACUGAGAGAAUUUUCACAAUGCCUAAUUAAUUAUUCCUUAGAUGCUACAAUUCUUCCACAGAAAUUAUCAGAACUAUAUAAAAUUCUAUGUAAUUUAUUAAAUCUAUCCAACCUAGAAAAAGAUGUAUCUGUAUCUCAAACUGCCAAAUUAUACACCUAUACUGAAACAACAAAACCUGAAGAAGGUAAUCAAAUGAAACAUUUUGAACAGUUUCAAACAGAACUGUGCUUAAUUUUAAGUAAUGUAAAGCAACGUAUCUCAGUAAUUGCUGAACAUUUUAAAUUAUUACAUUCUCAAUUAUCAAGUAGUAUUUCAACGUCAACAAUAGUAGAAACCUUAGAUACAUUUAAAGAGUUUCAGAUCCAUAAUUCAUCAUUAAACAAUGUAAUCAACAACUUUCAAAAUGAUUGGUCAUAUCUUGAUAAUAUAUUAAAAGAAUUCAGUGAUUACAUCAGAUCACAUUUAUUACAUAGCUCUGAACAUAGGAAGUUGAUUGACCAAGAGUUGACAUUUGAACAAGUGUAUCAAGAAGAGGUUACACCCUGUUUCAGUCAAACACUUACCGUAACAGAUACUGAUCAUAAAAUAAACAAACAACAACCUUAUAGUUAUGUAACUAGCUUAGUUGAAGAAAAUUUGAACCAAACAGAACGCGAUCAAUUACCAAAAGAUAACAUUGAACAUAAAAAAGAUAGUUUUUCUCCAGAACCAGCUUCCAAACGUUGUAAUUUGUGUUCGAUUCGUGAAAGGAAAGAAACACCUAGAAAGAGAUCACAUUCAUUCUCUUAUCCACCCCGAUGUAAUAACAAAUCGUUGAUAUUUGAUUCGCUAACAGUGUUGAACAGCUAUUCGCCUAAACGAUUAUUUAGAUCCAUGUUAUCAUUGUCAUCGAGCUAUUCAACAGAAUUAUUGUCAGCAUUACACUCACAUAAAUUGUUGUAUCGUACAUCAUUAUUACAAUUCCUUACAGCAUUGGAAUUAUAUACACCAGCUUUCCUAAUGCAUUUAAAGAAUAAAGAUUUAAGUUUACGUUAUAAUCUACAGCCAGAUACUUUGAAAUGUGGUUUAAAACAGUUACGUAAACUCUUAUUAUUUACGCCAGAACAUUGUCUCAUGUGGAUACAACAUGUAAACCAAUAUUUAGAAGGUAUUGACACACAUUUAUGUUUAAAAGAACUUGUAACUAGACAGUUACUAAAUGAUUUACGUUCAGAGUUAGUUUCACUCACCAGAAUGAAGCAUUUGACAGAGAAGAAAAGAGUACCUGAUAUAGAAGUGAAUACCAUCCCUAUCGCCUCAUCAUCAUCGUCUUCUUUCAGUUAUUCAUCUAUGCAAACUAUCAUAGAUGAAGAAGAAGAAGUUCUCCAAGAAAGAAUAAUCCAUACUAAACAAAAAUUGAAACAAACUAUCCUUACUUAUAAGUGUAUUCAAGACUUGUUAAAUAACAAAUCUGAUUCUGGUCUCCUUGCUACCGGUGAUAAUGAUUUUGGUGUUGAUGGAAGUAGUACUACAUGGCACUGUCAAGAUUCAGUUUUAAAGGAUAUUGAUAACACGGGACAAUCUCAAACUACAUUGUUAUAUAAUUACGAAGACGAUAUGUAUAAUAAUGAUAAUUAUGCACUUGAAUAUGCUCUACGGUUAUUACAUGUACGUGAUACAGAAUUAUUAUACAUUAUUUCAAUACAAAACAUACAAGAAAUUCAGUCGUUAUAUAACAUGAGAUAUAAUCUACCUUCAGAACCGUUGACUAAUGAAAUGCUUAAAUCGAAACUGGAUAAAUUCAUGUAUUGGGAGAAUAUAGAUCCUAUCGAUGUAAACAUUACUCCAGUUCAUCGUAUUGAGCUAACAGUACCAAAAUCCGUGACAGUUUCCAGUCAUGAAUUUGAUCCAACAUUAUCUACUAUAAAAAAUCAAUUCUGCAUAGAUGAUACAGCACAAAUACUGACAAGUCAAUCAUUUAGUCAUAUGUCCUACUAUGAAGAUAUGGAUUUAUAUGAACAGUAUUUGUGUACAUUGAUUCAGAAUGCAGUGAAUGGAUUAAGUCAACUAAAUCAAAAUCUGCUGGAAUCAAGAAAGCCAAUAUUAUCUGAUGAUCGACAAGAUGAGUUGAGUGAAAUUCUAACCAGACUGUUAAAUGUUAUUCGAAUAGAAAACAUCCAACAACAGCAACAUCAAAUAAGUGAUAGUAAUGAUGGAAGAAUAUCUUCAUCAUCUUUCUUAUGCUCUUCAGCGUCAACUUUCCCGCAGUUAAGGAGACCUCAGAUGUCGUUAAUGGUGACAACAGUAGCGCCUACCACUACUACUACUACUACUAUCACUACUACAACUAAAAAUUUUUCUCCCCAUACUGCCACAUUUUCUUCAUUUCAAAAGCACAUCUCUGGUGCUUCAGAUUCUUCUAACCUUAGUCUAUUGACUAAUUUAACUUAUCCACGACGUGCAGAAAAAGCACCAAUAAAUGAAUUGGUCAACUCUGUCGAUCAUUUAAAGAAUACACAUGAAUUACGAAGUCUAGCCAAAUAUCUCCUGGAUCAGUAUCACAUUGUUACAUCAGAAUUGGAAUUACAAUCUGAUACAAAUUGGUGUUUAAGACAACGAUUGACAAAUGCAAACAGUCAACUGGAUCGUUUAACAAGUUUACUCAAUAAAGACAGUGGAACAUUGUGUUCAAUUGGUGAUCGGUUAAGUCUCGAAGUAGAUAAACAUUCAUCAUUGACAGAACAAUAUGAUAUGGCACACCAAAAAACCCAUCAUGUUAUGCAUACUCUAGACAAACUAAACCAAAGGUAUACAACCAGUGGCCGACGCUUAAAUAUCAUUCCAAAUUCCGAUGAAUAUUUGACAAAAAGUGGUUAUUCUUCAUCCUUGCAGACAAUGGAAAGUAAAAAAUCCAAACUGAAAUCUCAGUCGAAACUAGAAGUUUCAUCAGUUCGUUCAAGAAUCAGUGAUCCUGAUUCAUUUAUCAUCAAUAGAGUAUUUAUUCCAGCUAAAAUAAUGCAAUCAAUAUCAUCACAAACGGAGAAACACAGAAAAUCAUCUUGCCUACCACAUGGUAGUUUGAACUGUGGUCCUAUUUUAAAACGUUCAUCAAGUAGUGCAAGAACUGGUCGACUUCAUUCAUGUAAACGCUUUCAAUCAUCAACACCUAUCAUACAAAAACCUUCAUCAAAUGCUGAUAGAACAACACUAAACUAUACUAAACAAUCCAAGAAUAAACAUAAUUCAAAUUGGUCUGAAUUAGAAUCAGGUCAGCGUAAAUUACAGUCUAUAUCACUAUCAAUUGAAGAAGAUGUGAAAAACAGUCGAAAUGAAUCAUCUUCCUUUCGAAUAGCAUAUUCUCCAGUGAUAAGUGAUGAAUCAGAUAUACCAUGUGAAAAGCAUCCAUUACUACAAGAAUAUAAAUAUGAUGAAAAUCAAACAGUAAUCACAACUACUGUACAAAGUGAAAAUUCAACAACACGACAGUCAGAAACAUCCUCCUCAUUAUCAUUUACAAGUAUAGAUUCACAUUGUCAUUCAGAAAACAUUAAACAUGAACAGGAACAAAAUAGGGAGUUAUGGUCAAGAACAGCUGAUCCCGUUGAUUAUAUUUUGAAACCUUACCUCUCCCACACCUCCACCCCCGACCACAUAUUCAGAGGUGGAGGGGAUGAUGAAGAAGGAUCCUAUGUACUCUCUUUCAGUCAUUUCAUUCUCUACAUCUAA